GAGCCCUGUUUAACCUCUAGAUGGUUUUACUUGUUUAACAUGGAACUUUGUUCGACGGUUUCGGCCAAAACAUGGAGCAGUAUGAGCAGGUCCUGUGUUUGGGCCAUGGAGGAGCAGCUGACGUGUUCCUGAUGAGGCAUGUGGAGCGGAGGAGCCUGCACGCAGUGAAGAGGGUGAAAGUGGAGGAGACGAGAGAUGCAAAAACCCAGAGGGCUGUUCUCCAAGAGGCUGACAUCAUCAGGAAGCUGGAGCACCCUCACAUAGUGACAUGCAGCGACGCCUUUGUGAGCCCCGACGGUGGAUUCAUUUACAUUGUGAUGACUUACUGUGAUGCCGGGACGUUAGACGACAAAGUAAAAGAGAGGAAACCAGGGGAGUUCUUCACAGAGGACACAGCACUGGGGUGGUUUGUGCAGGUGACCACAGCUGUACAUUUUAUACACAUGGCUAAAAUACUACACAGGGACAUCAAAACCUCGAAUGUACUGCUGACAAAGCAAGGUGUGGUAAAGUUAGGGGACUUCGGGAUAUCCAGAGUACUGACAAACACAGCUGAUCUGGCCUCCACAUGUGUCGGGACGCCCAGCUACCUCAGUCCUGAGCUCUGUCAGGAUGUCCCCUACAGCUCCAAGUCCGAUAUCUGGGCUCUCGGCUGUCUGCUGUACGAGCUCUGUGCUCUCAGGCCUCCAUUUGCAGCCUCAAACCUCAUGAGUCUGUUAUACAAGAUCACCAGAGGGGAGUAUGACCCCGUCCCUGACGUGUUCUCAGAUGACAUCUCCUCUCUGAUAAAAGGGAUGCUCAGCCUCGACCCAGACAACAGGCCGAGUGCUGCCUGUGUACUUAGCAGCGCCUAUGUGAAGAUUCACCAGGAGAACAUCAAAGACACAGAGACUGACUCUGCUCCGGUGGGGAAGAGCUGUGACAUAAAUACAGUAGGUAAAAACUCCUCACUUGGGUCACAGGUCCUCAGCCAACCAUUCUUAAGGGAAGAGAAAGAACACACUAUCAGUGAUGAGGAGGCGGAUUGUGAUGAUUUGUGUGUCGAAGGAAAGAACCACUGUGACUGCCACUAUCCUGAGGACUUUGAUGAAGAUGAUAGUUUGUCCUCUGUAGAAGACUGCAGCGGAGACUCAGGGUCUCUGAUGAGAAGCGAUUCUGCCGAGCCCACUGCCUUUCAGGAGGUUCCUGACAUUUCUGAACAAGCUGACUAUCCAGAUGACUUUGAGGAAGAUGAGGAGAGGGAAGAUGAUGAGGAUGAAGCAGAACCAGCCCCGGCUUCGGCUCAUCAGCAGCCACAUGAUGAUGAUGGAGUGGACGAGUUUCUGCUCUGUGAUGCUGGAGGACUGACCAUUACGCUGAAAGCACUGAGGGAAAAUGGCUGACAACAUCACUACAGCCUUAAAAAUCUCCCAUCACAGCGGAGCACCAUCUGAAAUACAGAGAAACAGGAAAGGCAUGGGGCUUUCUCUUUUGUGCCUGGAGUUUUACUGCUAAAUGAUGCACAGAAACAGAUUUUAGCUCAUUGCAGCUGUUUAGUGACGUAAAUACUCCUGAAAGCAGUUUCUGUCUUGCAUCAUGAGAAGUUAUGUAAUAGCAGCAUAAGCUACUAGUUGCUGCAACCACAAGGAUAUCAAAUAUAAUUUACAGAUUAACAGGGCUCCCAAAUAUUUAAUUUGAUUCCAAAAAGUAUUAUGCAUAUAUGUUUCCAUUCUUCAUACUGUAUGUACUGUAUUCUCUCGAUUUUCGUAUCCAGAGUUUGUUAUCUGUUGCUGCACAUUUGACUGAAACUACUUUUCUUCAUUUUUAUCUUUGGAUCAAAAUGAGAUAAGAGCACAAACAUUCAUGUGGUUAUGACUUUGAAAGAAGUAUGUGGUAAAUUGACCUCAUAAUGCACAUAAUGAGAAUUUUUUUUGCCAAACGAAAUAUAAUGUUAUACUAUUACUAUACCUAAGUCCAGAAGAUAAUUUUCCAUAUCUUCUUAUAUCCUUUUUAUGCCUCUGCGCCGAAAACAGCCAGUGGCAGGAGGCAUAAUAUUUUCAGGUUGUCCGUCCCAUUCCUGGGAACGUGAUAUCUAAAGAAAACCUUCGGGGGUUUUUCCUUAAAUUUGUUACAAAUACUCAUAUGGAAUCAAGAAUAAAUUGAUUAUAUUCAUGGGGUCAAAGGUCAAGGUUGGUCACAAAGUAUGUUUUAUAUAUUUAUUGAACAUGAUAGCCUAAAAUCAGCUUAAUCAGCUAAAACUCGUUUAUGCCAAAUAUUCCCAAAAAGUACUUUGUGACUCACACUGACUCACACUGACUCACACUGAGACACUAACACACACACACACACAGUACACAGCAUGCACUCUGAAACAACACGCAGGUUAGAUGUAAAGCAAACAAGAUUUGAAUGUGGCAAGCUCAACGGAAAUGUAAGAUUCAUGUUUUAUCAAACACGAUCUCUUCCAAGUUGACCAAAGUUUUCGCCCAGUCAGCAGUCUCAGGUUCACCCACGUUGCAUUGCUCUGAGAGAUCCCAAACCGAGACGCACAAGGCUUUCCACGAGUUGAUGCUGUCUGCACACAUCACGGCAGAGGUCUUUUUCUGUCUCUCUCUACAACACACUGAGGUGAAACAUUUCCCAUCUGAGCAGAACGUCUAACCGCAUUAAUCAUCAGUUCGGGGAGAUGAUGUCACAACCACUGUCCACAGUCUGAACCAAAAAUGGACUGCUGAAUGGGCUCUUGAGGUCACAGGGUCUCUACACCUGAACCUCUGCGUCAUGUAAUAUACGGAGAGUUACAUUUUCUGUCAAAACAUUCGCUGUUUGAAGAAGUCACAACAUAGAAACAAUUGUGACAACUUCAUGAAUUGUGUGUUUCUUGGGGAAUGCAAGGACAGAGAUUAUGUGAGGCCACAACGCCCAGGGGCCCAUCAUCUCUCAUGCCCAUCAAAAUGAAAGGAACAGAGCGACUCUUGUGCAGACAGCUCCAAGCUCUAUCGGCCCUCCUUUCGGCAGUAGUAAAAUUGUCAAAUCUACUAAACUAAGUCAAGAUUAAACUGUGGAACUUCGUCUCGGAAUCGUCACAGCUGACAGACUUUCUCUCUAUGAAAAGAUUCCCCAGCUUUUCCCAUGAGCAACAGUGAUGUUCCUCUCAGUCGUCCACAGAGUAACACCUGCAGACUCAUCUGAUUGCUCAGCUACUGAUGGUGUUACAGACAAGAGCACCCCAGUAACUUCCAUGAUGACAGAUACACACUGUUUUAACCACAGUCACACAUUGUGAUGCAGCGUGAGUCAGGAAGUCAAGCUCCACAAAGAUCGUAAGAGAUAGAGCAGAUCACUUUUAGAAGAAAUGUACUUUUUUUUUAAAUAAAUAAUCUGUAUUAAUUAUAUCUUGUGUUGAGGUUCAGUUCAGUGUCAAGUUAUUUGCGUCCUGCCAAAUUACAACAUACAGUAUUUGGACUUGGCAGGGUUGAGACCAUAUAAUAUUAUGGGAGAAAGCCAGCAAUUCACACAAUGAGCAACUGCUGGGAGACAGUGGAAAGACAAACCUCCUUUUUAACAACCAUUCUUGGCCACACGUAAAAUCAACUAAACUAAGUGACUGAGAUUAAACUGUGGAACUUAAUCCUGGAAUUGUCACGGCAGAGCGGAGAUAUUAUUUCAUCCGUUUUAGGACUAUGUGAAAAAAGUCCUCUGUUGUGCCCAUAGGAAUAGCGAUGUUUUCCUCAGCUAUCUGCACACUUGUCUAACUACUCAUCCACUGAUGGGGUUACAGGAAAGAGGUUGUUGCUCGUUUUUUCCACUGCAUUCCAAUCCCAUCCCCCACGACUCUGGCUCCGGAUGUACGUGAUAGUAGUAUUGUUGUUGAGCUGUUCAGUCAGAUGUCACUUAAUUGUUACAUUAAACAGUAACGUAGUAUCAUUGCCAUAAAUGUUUGGAUACUGGCCUUUUUUCAACCUAUUAAGCCAUUAUUUUACUAUUCAAGAAAUUCA